GAGCUCUGCGCUUAGUUACAAAUCUGUCGCGUCUGGUGACAAAGUGGUUGGCGCAACGCUUGAGUGCAACUUAGAGUGGCAAGAAAUCCCGUGCGAGACUUAUCAGACUCUCUUACAGAUCCGGAUUUGUGCCAACUAUUCGUCAUUGCAAUCGUUAUGAGUUCGCUUAAACAAAUUAAAGAGCUGAGUCCGGAGGAGCGUCAAGAUUUCGUUGAGUCUUUUGAUUUGGUUUUCUGUGACUGCGAUGGAGUCGUGUGGUAUCCUCUUCGCGAAUUUAUCCCCAGAUCAGCGGAAGCCCUGACUAAUUUGGAACGUCAUGGAAAGAAAGUUACAUUUGUAACUAACAACAGCAUUAUUUCUGUAAAGGAUCAUAUAGAAAAGUUUUCUAAACAGGGACAGCUAUUAGUACACGAGGACCAAAUAGUCCACCCUGCUCAGACCAUUUGCGACCAUUUAAAGUCAAUCAACUUCACGGGAGCUAUAUAUUGCCUUGCCACCAAUUCUUUUAGAAAGGUUCUGACGGACGCAGGAUUCCAGUUGGCCGAAGAGUUCGGCAGUGUGAUCAAGACUCUCAAGGAUCUUAACGAGGCUAUAUAUGGCGGAGAUCCUGCCCAGGCAGUCGUCAUCGAUGUGGACUUCAACUUGUCGGCUGCUAAGAUGAUGCGGGCUCACGUCCAACUCCAAAACCCAGAGUGUCUGUUCCUGGCCGGAGCUGCAGAUGCUUUGAUACCUUUUGGAAAAGGCGAGAUUAUUGGUCCCGGAGCGUUCAUCGAUGUCGUAACUCAAGCCGUGGGCCGCCAGCCUAUAACUCUCGGAAAGCCCGGAAAAGAACUGCGAAAGGUGCUAUUGGAGCGCUAUCCGGAUAUCCCGGCGAGUCGCAUUCUUUUCGUUGGCGACAGCUUGACAAGCGACAUUGAAUUCGCUCGCGCCAGUGGCUACCAGACUCUGCUCGUCCUUACCGGCGGGACGAAGUUGGAGGACGUGGAGUCUCUACCGUCGGGGCAUCCUCAGUUGCCGGACUAUUUGGCUGAUUUUUUGGGUGAUUUGGCAGAUAUUUAAUAAUUAUUUAUGAUUUUUUUGUCACAUCGUUUAUUUAAUGUUACAUAUUCAAUAUAAUAAACUAAUUAUGUGAAUAUUUAAUGGAAAA